AUGGCAGGUGUGAAGCGGCCGUUCGCCUCACUUACAGAACCUGACGUUGUUGGAAGAACCAAGCCCAGCUCCAGAUUUGUUCAUCACCAUCAGAAGGGCUCAUCCACCCCGCCAAGCCGAGCGGCGUCGCCGGAUCUCGAACCUCUCUCCAACUCGGUGUCUGAAUUCCGCCAAGAUGCGACACUCGUGCUCGUGGGAGUGCGCGGGAGUGGCAAGUCUACUCUCGCCGUCAUUGCGUCCACCGCACUGAGCAGAACCGUGAUUGAUCUCGAGGCUGCAUUUCAACGCGCACACGGCAUGACGUCGUCGUCUUAUCGCAAGUCGCACGGCACCGAGAGCUGCCAACUGCAGCAGGCUGAGAUCCUGGGGGACUUGCUAAAGAAGAACCUAAACGGUCGCAUUCUCGUCUGCUCGUGGAUGGGCCGACAUGUGCAGCUACUUCUGCGAGACUUUGCCGGCAGCAAUCCAGUCGUUCACAUUUCUCGAGAUGCAGUGGCGAUCAAAUCCCACCUAAAUCUAGACAAUGAGCGAAAGGUCGAGAGCCUAAUCACCGUGGCCACAAUUUUCUUUCGCACUUGCACCAAUCUCGAAUUCUUCAACAUUACCGAGCAGUCGCCUCACAUUGCGGAGGCGUCAACGCCCGACGACGUCUUCAUCCCCUCACUAGCGCUGAAACACGCGGAAAAGCACUUUACAAAAUUCCUGUCGUUGGUGUAUCCUGUCGCCACCAUUCCCUUUGUUGACUCGGCGUUCCCACUGGCAUCUAUCCCGCUUGAAGAACGCCAGUUCACAUAUAUCAUACCAAUUCCCAUCGACCACAUCUUGACCAGAAAAUUCGACAUCGAAGAAGCCGUAUGCGGCGCGGAUGCUGUGGAGGUGACGAUUGACAUGGCCAGACCCGACGCUUCAGGCGAUGCUCGUACUGCUAGCUCCACUCUUGCAGCUGAUAUCACAAAAGCCGUGGCGAUCGUCAGAAGAACCACCGUCUUGCCAAUUAUUUGCCAUCUUAGAGUUGAAGAAACCGCUGAACCGGCUGUUUGGGGGACCUAUAGGCAGUUAAUGGCCCACACCCUCAAACUUGCGCCGGAAAUGGUCACGAUAGACUUGCGUCUAGAAAGCGACGAUAUGCGGACUCUUCUCAAAGGACGACGGCGCUCCAGGGUGAUUGGCUGCCGAGAGAUGUCUGUGCCUUCGGAGGCAUGGAGCGACCAUUACUGGAAGGCUUUGUAUGGCAAAGCUGUUGGCGUAUGCUGUGAUAGUGUUCGAUUCAGCCGCUCUGCCUCGUCGUUCCAAGAUAAUGUGGAAGUGGCACAAUUUCGGGCAACGCUGGCUAUGCUUCCCGACCGAAAGAUACCAGUCGCCGCGUACAACACGGGAUCUCUUGGUCGAACUUCGGCAUGCUUUAAUUCUCUUCUGACGGUAGCCUCGGCGGCGGCUAUUUCUGAGAUGCCCUGCGAGAUCGACGUCAACUCAGCUAUCACACCGAUGCAAGCUACAAAGUCUCUGUUCGCAUCCUUCGUCUACGAGCCGAUGAAGCUGUAUGUGUUUGGAGCCAAGGUUGACUACAGCAUGUCACCCAUCAUGCACAACUCGGCCCUCAUUAGCUAUGGACUGUCUCACGAGUACCGGCCACACUCCUGCACCUCCUUGAGUAGCAUCCAGCAUCUUAUCCGAGAUCCUUGUUUUGGAGGAGCGUCAGUCGGCCUGCCCUUCAAAGUGGAAGCUAUAUCUCUCACGGACUCUUUGAGUCGCCAUGCUCGCGCAAUCGGAGCUGUGAAUACACUGAUUCCGAUCCGACAUCUCAACGACGACGGCUCAGUUCCCACGGGCUCGGCCUUAUUCAACAACAUGAACCGCACUGGGAAGGUUCGGGCCUUUUACGGUGAGAAUACAGACUGGGUUGGAAUCAAAGCCUGCAUCCAGAGUGGCCUGUCACCCGCGAAUGCCGUGCGCCCAACCACGUGUGGCGUGAUCAUAGGCGCGGGCGGUAUGGCGCGGGCAGCAAUUUACGCCAUGCUGCAGAUCGGCGUGCGCAACAUCGUCAUCUGCAAUCGCACACUGGCAAACGCGGAGAAGGUGGUGGCGCACUUUCAGAACCUGUUCGAAAAGGACACGGAUCUGCUCAUCAACGGCACCGAGGUUCGGUUCCACAUCCUGAAGACGCGGGACGAGCCGUGGCCGGCAGACUACAGGGUGCCAACGAUUCUCAUAUCUUGCAUCCCUACGCACCAAAUCGGCGAUGAGCCCGCGCCAACGUUUACGGCGCCGGAGCCGUGGCUAGCAAGCCCUACGGGUGGCGUCGUGUUUGAGCUCGGCUACAAGACACUGGACACGCCUCUGCUGCAGCAAGCGAGGGCGGCGGCGUUCAAGGGAUGGGUUGCCAUGGACGGCCUUGAUCUUCUCCCAGAACAAGGUUUUGCGCAGUUUGAACUGUUCACAGGCAGACGCGCCCCGAGGGGGCUCAUGAGACGCGCUUUGUUUCAGCAUUACAAGGAUGAGAGCGGAAGCCCGUUUAUACCAGGUUUGCGGCGGAGAAUGCAAAUGAUGGCGCGGUAG